UUCUCAAAUCUCCCAAUUCCUUCUUCAAACCCUAAUUCCCCUUCUAUUUGCUCACACACCCUUGCAACCUUAAAACCUUCAUGUUAUUUAUCACCUUUGUUUAUGAAAUUAUAGGUUUCUUAUCAAUUGAUUUGAUACCCAUACUCACACAGUGAACGAUAUAAACUUCAAGCAACUCACGAUGUUGUCCGGGGUCCGCACUGGCCUUAAGAGAGAAUUCGCCUUUGCCAUGAAGUACCAGUCUGAGAUCUAUGUUUCUACGGGUCGAACUCGCUCCAACAUGACCCAAAAUGCAGUUCAAGUCCCCAAUCGCUCCAACAAAAAAAGGUAUAAAAAAUCUAAUUUAGAGAAACCAAAAAGUGGAAAUCUUACUGAUUUGGUAAAAAACAAGGAGGAGGAUGGUGAUACUAUGAAUGAGAAAAAGGCAAAGAGUGAUGCGUACAACUCCGAGGAACCCAAGAGCCAAGUGGGUGGUGAAGCUACAACGAUUGUGUGUAAAGAGAUGUACAAGAGUGAUGAGACUAAAACUAAGGUGGUGCAAACAAAAAAGCAGCUUACUUGUGAUGAUGAGAUCAAAGAUGGAGCCGGUGGGAAUGAUUCAAUGUUAGGUUGCAAAGCGAAACCCACAAGGAGGUUUACACAAUCAACACUGAAGAACUUGGAUGAUGGUGAUGGUAAGGUGGCAAGUGAUGGUGUUCAAAAGAAAGUUGAGAGUGAUUUUGUAAAAAUAACUAAGGAUUUUGCAGGGAAUAAGUUUCCUUCUAAGCUAAAAGACCUUUUAUCCUCUAGGAUUCUUGAUGGACUACCUGUGAAUUAUGUUCGUAGCACAAAGGCAAAAGUUGUAGGUACCCGAGGAGUAAUUUCUGGCAACGGGGUUGUGUGUUAUUGUGAAGUUUGUAAUGGGAUUGAGGUUGUGACACCCACAGUUUUUGAGUUGCAUGCUGGUAGUUCAAACAAGCGCCCCCCAGAGUAUAUUUUUCUUGAGAAUGGGAAUACUCUUCGUGAUGUUAUGAAUAUGUUUUUGAACAUUCCAUUAAGAACUUUGGAGGAAGCUCUGCAAAGGAUACUUGGAGCCUUUAUAUUCAAGAAAUCAAAAUUUUGUGUGAACUGUAGAGAUGUCAAUGUUGUAUCAAGAUUAUUUUGCAAUUCAUGCACAAUGUUAAAGGACUGUCAACCUUUCCCCACUCAAACAACAGAGACUAGCAAUAUUUAUCUUUCAGAAGCAGUUCAAUCCAGAUCCCUAGAACCAGACAUGCUUCCAAAAUUAGUAGAUAGUGGAAUGAAACAAAAUGCAUGUCAUCGUAAGAGUCAAGGAAAACUAACGAAGAAGGAUUUACGUUUGCAUAAGUUGGUUUUUGAGGCGGAUGUGUUGCCGGAUGGAACUGAAGUAUCAUACUACUCUCAUGGACAGAAACUUUUGGUUGGUUACAAAAAAGGAUAUGGAAUUAUUUGUAGUUGUUGUAACAACGAGCUUAGCCCUUCUCAAUUUGAAGCACAUGCUGGUUGGGCAUCCCGACGAAAGCCCUACCUACACAUAUACACAUCUAAUGGAGUCUCACUUCAUGAGUUGUCCAUCACCUUAUCGAAAGAUCCUAGGUUUUCUACCAAUGAUAACGAUGACCUUUGCAGAAUAUGUUUAGAUGGAGGGGAUCUUUUGUGUUGUGAUAGUUGCCCAAGAGCUUUUCACAAAGAAUGCGUAAAUCUUCCAUGUAUUCCAAGUGGUGUUUGGUAUUGUAAAUAUUGUCAGAAUAAGUUCCAGAAGGACAAAUAUGUUGAGCGUAAUGAAAAUGCUAAGGCAGCUGGAAGGAUUGAUGGCAUUGAUCCUUUAGAACAAAUAAAUCAAAGAUGCAUUCGUAUUGUCAAAGAGUUUGACUAUGGUGGAUGUGCACUCUGUAGAUGUCAAUAUUUUACCAAAAGCUUUGGUCCUCGAACAGUAAUUAUUUGUGACCAGUGCGAAAAGGAAUACCAUAUUGUGUGUUUGAAGAAUCAUAAUAUUCAAAAUCUAAAGGAAUUACCUAAAGGGAAUUGGUUCUGUAGUUCAAAUUGUAAUCAAAUUCAUACUGAUUUGGCGAGUUUGGUGGCUCGUGGUGAAGAAAAUAUUCCAAAUUCCCUCCUGAGUGUGAUUAAAAAGAAAUAUGAUGACAAAGGAUUAAAAAAUGGGGAUGAUCUAGAUAUAAAAUGGAGGGUUCUAAACUGGAAAUUGGAUGAAUCUGAUGAGAAUGAAGAAAUGCUUUCAAAAGUUGUUGAUAUUUUUCACGAGCAAUUUGAUCCAAUAGUUCAUCCUACUACUAGAGUUGAUUUCAUUCCAACAAUGCUUUUUGGAAGGAAGACUAAGAGUCAAGAUUUUAGAGGAAUGUAUUGUGCAGUGCUAAUUGUGAAUCAAAUGAUUGUAUCUGCUGGAAUAUUCCGUGUGUUUGGGCUAGAAGUGGCGGAACUUCCCUUGGUGGCAACUGUUGCCGAUUAUCAAGGACAGGGUUACUUCAAAACCCUAUUUAAUUGUAUCGAGGAUUUGCUUAGAACAUUAAAAGUUAAACAUUUUGUUCUACCUGCUGCAACUGAAGCUGAAUCAUUAUGGACUAGUAAAUUUGGAUUUACAAAGCUAGACCAAGAUGGGAUCAACAAUUAUAGGAGAUACUAUCACAUGAUGACGUUUCAAGGAACCUCGUUACUACAUAAGCCAAUUCCUGCACUUUGAAGUACUUUUACUUGGAUUAUGUUAAAAUUUGGAGUGGCUCAUUUGCAAAUAUGAAUUUAUGGAUUUUGCUAGGUGCAUAACUGAGUACACUUAUAAAUAUAUGCAAAGAGUAUAUGCUCAUCAUGCUUUAUGUUAGAUAGGAAUGAAAAAAAUUAGGGGUGCUUGGAUUUUAAAAAUACUAUAGAAAUCAAGA